UGAGGAAAACGCGGAAGUGUCCCAACAUUGUUCCAUCUGAGACUCCGUAGAAUAAACCUGCUACUCUGUUUUGGGACAACUAUCUUCUUGCAGCUGUCACACUAUAGCUUCAAUUGGUCAGCUAUUACGAGUCUGUGUGAUGGUUUGGACUCAAAGAUGACCCACGACCUGCGCGCAUGACCCACAAAGAAUCUCACAUUCAGCAGGUCACAUUUCAGGUUCCACACAGGGUGAUCCAUGCUUUCUGAUGAGCUUGACUCCAAACCAGAGCUGCUGGUGCAGUUUGUACAGAACGCAUCCAUCCCUCUGGUUCAGGGUCUGGAAGACUCGGACCCCAAACACUCCUGCCUGCCUCUGCUGUCCCCGGCUGAGAGCUCACUGUGCAGCCCGUUAGAGCUCACAGGUGGUGUCCUGAGCCAUGAGCCUGAGACCUCUCCCUCCCUGUCAGAGUUUGGAGGUGUAUCGGAGCGAAGCCCAUUAGUGGUCCAGACACACACUCUUCCACGGGCCUCACCCAGCCCACCACCCAUCCUGCACGACCUGCAGCAGUCAGACAGCACAUCAUACGUCCUGCUCAACCUAGCAAAAGGCAUCACAGCUUCCUCCGAGUCACUGAUCUUUGCUGCAGAUGGCGCCGGGGAGGAUGACGAUGAGGGGGUCUCAUCGGGGGACUAUGGGAUGGAUGGCAGUGCUCCCUGGUAUCUGCGGGUGCAGGAGCUGGCACAUGACAGCCUGAUUGCUGCCACACGGGCGCAGCUCGCGAGAGAUGCCAAGGCCAGCCAGGACGCCAGGGCUGCGAGCGUCAAUAACGGCGACCAUACGCACAGUUUGACACUAGAGGGGGACAAGCGAGAGCCGCUUCCUCGGACCAGCCGCCCCCUCUCCAAGCAGAUCCUCCGCUGCUCGUUUGAGGGAUGCUGCAGGACAUUCACCUGGCCGGCUCAUCUGAAAUACCACCUCAAAACACACAGGAACGACAGAAUGUACAGAUGCGUUGCGGAGGGCUGUGGGAAGAGCUUCUAUGUUCUGCAGAGGCUGCAGGUUCACAUGAGGACCCACAAUGGCGAGAAGCCUUUCAUCUGCAAGGAGAAGAACUGCGGCAAGAAGUUCACCACUGCUGGGAACCUGAAGAACCACAGACGCACACACACAGGAGAGAAGCCUUUUCUGUGUGAAGCAGAUGGUUGUGGGCGAUCCUUUGCAGAGUAUUCCAGUCUGAGGAAACACAUGCUCGUACAUUCUGGCGAGAAGCCUCAUCACUGUGGGAUCUGUGGAAAGACAUUCUCUCAGUCGGGCAGCAGAAACGUCCACAUGAGGAAGAGGCACGGAGAGGAGGGGCUCGGCAUUGAAAGCAGAGAAACAGGUGAGGCUCUGACACACAGCAGCCUGCUCGAGGCGGACGGCGAAAAUGGAGAUGAUAUGGUCACCAUGACAACAACUGUGGAGCCCAUGAAUCUUCACCACGCCAUGCUGAGAUCACCAGGCUCCGCAGACUCAGUGGUAGUCCUCUCCCAGCCACAUGAAUUGGUGACCAUGACGACCGAAGGCCAUGCAUAUGGAGAAGAUGUGGUGGCGCUGCUGUAGUCUCUGCCAUCAUGAAAUAUUACACACACUGCCGUUUUCUGCAGCACUAGACUGUCCACCAGAGAGGACUACACAUAGACGUCUAUCUGUACAUAGAUUAUUCACUGACUUUAACCCUGUAGAUAUCUGUAAUUAGCUUCUGAUAAUGGUUUUAUUUUGAGUGUGAAAUGGCAACAUUUGUACAAACAACCUUUUUCCUCAAGUUUUUGAACUUAAAUACUCCCAAAGAAAAACUGAGACGGGUUUCAAAGUUUAUGAAAAUAUAAUGACAAUGCAUUGUUCUGAGCAGUAUCAUUGUAAACAUGAGGUUGAAAUGCAGUGAUGAUGUUCUUUAACCGAGUCCCACUUAUUGUUUAACUCUGACUAUAUGAUAUGAUUGACAGUCAAACUGGUGAAAUGUACCAGACACAAUACUCCAUUAUCUGUGUGACUAAUAAGAAAACACCUGACAUUAAAGAACUGCUACUGCACAGUAUACUGCUGCAUGUAAACACAGGUCACAGCCGCACUGUUUAUCAUCCUGAGUAAAACAAAACAUCCAUCUCAAACCAACACCCAAAGCUGCUCCACUCAGCAUGUUGUUGGUUCACUUCUUCCACUCUCGGUGUCGACCUCCUUUGCUCCACUUGUUCUCUGAGUAAAGCACACAUUGCUCAUUUACAGCUCAAUGUAUUAACACUUGAGAAUAAUUGCUUUUAAAAUGAAAUGAAGAAUUACUCAUGAGGUUAGAAAAAAAAAACCAAACAGCAGAUGUCUGGGGCUGUUAGAUAAGGUAGUGCACACUACUAGCAGUGUUUCCUCCUCCUCCUCCUCCUCCUCCUCCUCCUCCUCCUCCUCCUCCUCCUCCUCCUCCUCCUCCUCCUCCUUAGUGGAUCUUCAGGUUGUGGAAGUGGUCCAGCGUGGCGCCCAAAGCCCAGCUUGCCUCCACGUUGUUCACUUUCUUGGUCAACUAGGAGGAGGGACAACCCGACACCAAAUCACUCAAAUGCCUUUUGUAUUUAUUGAAAUAAAAAAAGUAACAUCA